AGGCUACCGCUUACACGCCAUUUGCUUUCAAAACAAGUUACUUAUCGAACGACAUGAACAUAUCGGUGGAGAAACCGGAACUGGUCAUCAUGGAAUCCCCAUGUCCCAGUCCGGAUGUGGAGAAAGUGUUUAAUAUGGAUUUUUUAACGAUCAACGGUCGCUUCACACCAAUAUCCGCUCGGUCGUCUGCAUGUUCGACGCGAUGUGUUAGCAUGUGUACAUCACCAGUUCCUCCCGGUAUCGAAAAUGAAGACGACGGUUUGCCAAUAAACAAUUGUAACUUGCAGGCCUGCGAAGUACCAGGUCGGGCCACUCCGAUUUUCACCUGGAAUCCGCUUCCUACAGGCAGUAGUAUUGUGUAUGUGAAGAACAAAGAUAGUGAAGUGAAAUUUUCCAGGUUUGAAGAAGAAUCCUCGGGUACUGCUAGUUCUGCGGUCAGUGACACCGAAGAGGAAGGACCAAAACAGCAUAAGGAUCACUAUCCAAAUUGUGAUGUAAACGUUUGGUUACGUUCAUGUGAACAGGAAAUUGUAGAACCGAUCGCGGGUAAAGUGACGGGAGUUAUACCGGAUUGGUUGAAUGGGAGUCUUCUACGGAACGGCCCAGGAAGUCUGAAAGUUGGAGAAAUGACAUUCAACCAUCUGUUCGAUAGUUCUGCGUUGUUGCAUCGGUUCAACGUAGAAAAUGGUCAGGUUUCUUACCAAUGCCGGUUCCUGAAAUCGGAUGCCUACAAGAAAAACACUGCUGCCCAACGAAUCGUGGUUACCGAGUUUGGCACUAAAGCCGUCCCUGACCCAUGUCACACAAUUUUUCACAAGAUAAACGCAAUCUUUGCUAAGCCAGGCGAGAACAACUCCGACAACGCAAUGAUUUCGAUUUAUCCCUUUGGCGAUGAAUAUUUCGCAUUUACCGAGAGCCCCAUUAUUCACAAAAUUAAUCCCGAAACACUGAACACCGAUGCCAAACUUAACGUGUCUGACUACGUUGGAAUCGUGAAUCAUACAUCGCAUCCGCACGUCAUGUCCGAUGGAACGGUUUAUAAUUUGGGCUGUUCGAUCACAAAAACUGGUCCAGCCUACACCAUUAUUUGUUUCCCGAACGGAGAGGACAUGUUCGAAAAUGCCCAUAUUGUGGCAUCGGUUCCUGCUCGUUGGAGGUUUCAUCCUGGUUACAUGCAUACCUUCGGGAUUACGGAGAACUUCUUCAUUGUGGUCGAACAGCCACUUAGCGUUUCCGUUCCGUCGAUGCUGGUCAAUCAAAUGAUGAACGAACCGAUGGCCGCCUCGUUGAAGUGGUAUCAAAACGAGCAAACUUUUAUAUACCUGUUGGAUCGCGAUACAGGUGAAUUGAAACACACCUACCACGUCGAACCGUUUUUCUAUCUGCACAUUAUCAAUCAAUAUGAGAAAGAUGAACACAUCGUGUUGGAUAUAUGUUGCUACAAAGAUCCAUCAAUGCUGAACUGUAUGUACAUUGACACCAUGAAAAACAUGCAACAGAAUCCGGACUAUGCAAAAAUGUUCCGUGGUCGUCCGUUGCGUUUCGUUUUGCCACUGAAUUAUCAGGACGCUUUGAAGCGUUCGACAUCCAGCAUUUUUUCCAUAAAACGAUCUUUUUCCAGUUUAAUCAAGAAGCUUUCCGUUGGCGAAGAUUAUGAUAGCGGGAAGCGGAACACUAAUGACAGCAACUUAACUUUGCGAAACCUAGUCACUCUUGAAAACACCAAAGCUACAGCAUAUGUAAUGCCGGAUGGGACGGUGUUUUGCAAGCCACAACUACUAUGCGAUCUGGGUUGUGAGACGCCCCGAAUAUUCUACGAACAACAUUUGGGUCGUGAGUACCGAUACUUCUAUGCAAUCAGUUCCGAUGUUGAUGCCGAUAAUCCCGGAACUCUGAUUAAGGUUGACGUGGUUAAUAACACCAAACAGACGUGGUGUGAAGAGAAUGUUUAUCCAAGUGAACCAAUUUUCGUACCGGAUCCGGAUCCACAGUCGGAGGACGAUGGCGUUGUACUGGCAGCGAUGGUUUGGGGUCGCGAAGAGGAAAAUCGUGUCGGUUUGCUAGUGCUGGAUGCAAAGUCAUUCACUGAAAUUGCCAGAAGUGAGUUCACUACUCCCGGGCCGGUGCCCAAAUGUCUACAUGGAUGGUUUCGAGCAACCAAAAAAGCAGAUUAAUCUAUCACCAAUGCUCGUUAGUCACCUGAAGUGCGAACGUAGUAAAUAAUCAUACCAUUUGUCAAACAAAUUGACGUUCGUUAACAGCUCAUUAAAUAUUUAUUCAUUCAGAAUAUCCACACUCCACACAAAGAAAAACAAACCUAUUUAAAUGAAUCCGAUGGCGUGAAAUGUGUUUUUAUACGCAUGAACUGAGAGUUACUACCGAUUUCGCGAAUUCGACCGAUUUGUGUUAGCAUUUCUAGUUCCAGUUUUAUCUUUAUCCGACAUGAUUGGGGAGCUAGUCAUAGUUUCACUGUGCACAAUUUUCGUUCAAGCUGUGUCAAAUG